GACUUCCUGGAUGCAGCAUCAGGUUAGAGGGAGGAGUAACAGACUGAGGACAUGAAGUGACAGUUCACACUCAUCAGAGACUCACACAUGGCUCACAGUCAACAAGGAGAGAGAGCACACAGAGAGAGACCUGUGGACACAGACAAGGGGACCAGAGAAAGAGGUGAAAGAGGACAGACCCUGGUGUUGUGGUUGAUUCAUUGAGGCAGUGGAGACAGGAUGUGGGUCCUCAUUUUGGCAGCUCUACUCUUCUCUCUGACAGAGAGAGCAACAUGUCGAAAACUGGCAGCACCACCAAAGGCAUCACCCUGGACCAUCACCUUCAGUCCAGCAGAAAUAACAGCAGAGAAGGGACUAUGUGCUGUUAUUUCAUGUACUUUCACUCACCCUCAUAACACCAAGCCUACCCCUGCAGUAUGGUUCAAGUGCCCAACAAAGGACAAAUGUGAUAAGGAUAAAAUCAUAAUUUUCCACUCCAAAAAACCCUCUCAAGCUCAGGAGGGUUAUAAACAGAGAGUGUCUCUACUGGAGACUGAUCUGACAAAGAAUAACUGUAGUGUGAUCAUCAACGACAUCAGAGAGAAUGAUGCUGGAGAGUAUCAAUUCAGACUUCCAAGUUCAUAUACAUACCCGAAGAAAGUGAACAUCACAGUGAGCGCUCUGACCCAGAAGCCCUCGGUGUUGACUCCUCCUCUGACAGAGGGAGAACCAGCUACUCUGACCUGCACCGCCCCGGGGAUCUGCUCUGGAACUCCUCCUAACAUCACAUGGACCUGGAGAGGAACAGGAGACAACAUCACUGAGCUCAGAGACAACAUCACCAUACAGGAGAGAGAGGACCUGACCCCUGUGACAACAACCCACUUCUCAACGUUGACCUUCACCCCCUCAGCUAAGCAUCACGGCACCAACGUCACAUGUCUGGUGACAUUCAAUGGCCGCAUCACCACUAAGAAGACACUGACAAUGAAUGUGGCACAUGUGAAGGAACCCAAGAUCUCUGGCUGUAACACAGUGAGAGAGGGUGAUACCAUGAAUCUGACCUGCAGUGAUGACAGCUACCCACCAUCAUCAUCUAACAUCACCUGGAGUAAGAAGGGGACAACAGCUUUGGAACGGAAUAACUCUGGACGGGCCACUCUCAUCAUCUCUAACAUGACAAGAGAACAUGCUGGGGAGUACGUGUGUACAGCUCAACACCACAGUAGAUCUCUGACGGCUUCCACUGUUGUCACUGUGAUGUUGAACAGCACCAUCAGCCUGCCUGUCAGAAACCACACCAAUACCACUAUGGAGUGUGUCAGCAGAAAUGAAGCGGGCAGAGUGAGAGAGGUGCAAGUCACCCAAAUAGGAAAACAAGAAGAGGAUGGGUCUAAAGACAUCAUGGCUUUGCUGUCGGACCUAAAACUGAUUACUGCAUUUGUGGUUGGUGCAGCCCUCUCAGCCACCAUCUGUUGUAUCUUCCUGUGUUUGACAGGGAAACGUAAAAGACGCAAAGAGAGGAUCCCAAAGUACUCAGACUCCAAAAGCCCUUUCAUGAACCUGGAGAUGGUGACAUGUGAAGACCAACAGAUGGAUGCAGGACAGGCUGUGGGGGGCAAACAGACCCCUCUGCAGGUGGAGCUGAGGGAGGGAGAAGAAAACGGAGGGCCCCAGACCAGUGGAGCCGUUGGGAAAUCUACCACAGGGGGAGAACCAAAUGAAGUGGACUACGCCAGUAUCAACUACUCCCUGCUGAAGAAGAAGACUCCUGAGGAGGCAGAGAAGAAGACCACCACCACAGAGACAGACUACGCCGAAAUCAAACGACAGAAGAAGAAUGAGGCGGAAGAAGAUGGUGGAGAGGGGAGUGGUGUGAUGGAAGAGGUGGACUGGGAGGAAGGGGAGGAGAUUGUAGGGAAGGAAGAGGAGAAAGAGAACGGUAAGCCAUUACGAGAGACAGAUGAGGAUACAGCACUUUACUCCAACAUCAAGGCUAUAAUGGGUGGAGAGUGACACAGCAACAUGGGAAAUAGCGCACAGUACUAUGGCUUCUAAUAUACAGCACUGCGGUGUUUUCUCAUAUUCCAGAUUGAAUGUUUUAUGAUGAUAGAGACUUUGUUUAACUGAAACUACUGUAGGAAAUAGUUUUGGUAAUUCUUUUUUUUUUCAGCCUUGUCUAAUGUAAUGUUAGUUUUGUAAUGAUUCUGUUUUUGUGUCACCAUGGAAGGACAUGGUGUCUCCUCUGAUCCUUCAUGUUUUUGUAUUUUGAUUUAACCCUAAGCCUAUAUAUUGAGGCACUACCUUACUUUUAAUGUUUGUGUGUAUUUUAGUUGUUUGCUAUCUGCUGAUGCUUUAACUGUCUUGUAGCACGAUGUACUACAGUACCCAUAAUGCUCUGUAUCAAUAUACGGUUUCAUCUUGGUAAAGACGUUCCUAAAGCUAACACUAUGGUGUCCCGUCUACUUAUUAAUACAUUAGAGGAGGCUGGUGGUAGGAGCUAUAGGAGGACAGGUUCAUUGUAAUGGCAGGAAUGGGACUGCAGGGUAGCCUAGUGGUUAGAGAGCUCAUCACACCAGCCUCCUCUGUAAUACAUGGUGUCAGAAAUUGGAUGUCUAUUUAUUAUCUCCACAAAUUGUGAUUACACAGAUGGUGUGACUGCAGAGAACAGUAGAGGUUUUCUAUAGAACUCAUCCAGUUCCUUCACCGUGUAUUCUAUGUUGACAUAAUCAAAAUGUAUAUGUUCACGAUCAUUGUAAAUAAGAAUUUGUUCUUAAUUGACUUGCCUAGUUAAAUAAAUGUUAUAUUUAAAUGAAAU